AUGCCCGCUGGACAUGUCCUCCUAGGUGACCGAGCCCUAGUCCCCGUGAAUGGCAAGGUCGUAGCACUGAAGAAGAUCAAACGAACUGAGGUUCAAUCUCUGACAGCGAAGGAUCUCAGAGUCCUGCCCAUCAAGUUCGAUCAGCAAGGGUCUCGCCGCAGGGAUUUCCCAGAUGCUGUGGCCAACAUGUCCUGUGACAAACUUCCUGGAGGCGAGCUGCAGCUGGAAGGUCCUGCAACCACGCUUGAGGUCCUCAAGUCCCUGUCCAUGAGGAGCCUGACACCAGUGACAGAUCAUGAGAGGUGGAUUCGUAGCAGUGAGAUCUCCAAGACCGAUCGCAGCAUCUAUGAAAUGGAGGUGUUGUCCAAGGUCAUUGAAGCGUUUGUCAUGGUGGACCAAGUCAAUCUCCCAAAUUUGAAGGGUGGAGAGCUUUUGAUCCGGAGGUGGCAACUGAUCAAGGAAGCACACCGCUUGAGUCCUCUGGCCCCAGACUACUCUGCUGCCGACCUCUUUAUGGGAUGGCAACAGGAAUCAGGAGUCCAGCAGACUUUGGCAAAACAUGUGUCAGACCAAUUGCGGGAUCAGGCUGCCAUUGCUAAGGAGGCCCGAAAGGCCCGUGAAGAGGCUGAGAAUCGUCAAGUUGGUGCCAAGAGGAGAUCUGUAAGAAGGUCUUCUAAUGCUGAGAUUGUCAACGGCAUUGUCACCACUUUGAACGAAAUGGCUGGUUUUGCGCACCCAUCCAAUGAGAAGCCGAGCAAGGCGCAGAAGCUUGCUCACCAACAGCUGCUUUGUCAAGUUGCACGGAUGCCCCGCUGUGCACACCGUGUACAGAUGCGUGAGGCCGUUCAUGAGCUUCUGCACACUGGCCUGUCUCCCUAUGCGACGGAAGACGAGGCUCGAAGCACAGUCCGAUCCUACAGCAAGGGUUUGGUUUCCCUUCCUGAGUCUGGUGCGUCGGUUUUUCAGGCGUCGGAACUUUUGGAUGAAGCUGGCCGAGACUUUUUGUUGGAUCCUCAAACACAUUUGUUUGUCGAGCAUUUUGAUGCCAAGUCUAAGGUGAAACCUUACAUGGAUGAAGUUUUGAGAUUUGAUGACCACGCCUAUCAUGAUUUCAUCGGGGAUCUCUGGGAAAGGGGAAUGUUGACUUUUGGGCAUAGCUGCAGAGCAUCGAUCACCCCUUUUUUCGUGGUGAAGAAGUCGGGAAAGCUCAGACUGGUGCUGGACUGUAGACAAGCCAACGAACACUUCAAGCCACCUCCUGACAUUGCUAUGGCAGCAGCCUACAGCUUUGGUCAGUUGGUGGUUGAACAUGAUCAGGAGGUGUUUGUGGCUCAGUCUGACAUCAAGGAUUAUUUCUACAGCAUUGGUCUUCCUGAUUAUCUACAUCCUUUCUUUUCCUUGCCUCCCAUCAGGUCAGACCUGCUGAGUGGCCGCAUUCCUGAGCUAUGUGGCCGCGACCCCAGCCUAGUGAUCUUCCCUCAGAUGAAGGUCGUUCCAAUGGGUUGGAGUUGGGCUAUGUUUUUUGCACAGCGCAUUCAUCAACACCAGGUCAUGAUUGGUGCGGGCAUUCCUCACCACCGAGUUCUGGCCGAUGGUAGGCCGGCCCCUGUUUUGAAAGAUGAGUCUGUGGUCAUCGUUCCUUAUGCAGACAAUUUGAAUGUCAUUGGCACGAAUAAAGAUGAAGUCCAAAGAGUAAAAGAUCAAGCAGUGGCCCAGCUCCGGAAGGUUGGUUUUCGCGUCCAUGAAGAAGAGGAUGCAUCUCUGGAGGCAAAGGCUCUGGGGUUCAUCAUAAAUGGUUCAAAACGAAAGAUUUUCCCUGUUCCUGAGAAACGUGACAAGGUAAUACAAUGUUUGAUUUGGCUAUCACGGCGUCCUCGUGUGAGUGGGCGGGUUGUGGAGCGAAUCAUCGGUCAUUGUGUGCAUUUUUUCAUGUUACGUAGAGAGAUGCUUUCCAUUUUCAGAUCAGUUUAUGACUUCAAGACUGCACACUACAACAAGCAAGUGCGGUUGUGGAGGUCAGCUGCUGAUGAGUGCAGAUGGGCAGCUAACCUGCUCUGGAUCUGUGAGUCAGACAUGGGAAAACAGUGGAGCGGGGAGGUCACAGUUUCAGAUGCUUGUUUGUCGGGCACGGCCGCAUGUUCCAUGGAGAUUCAUGCAAAGGAUGCUGCUGAGAUUGGCAGCACCCGAGAGCUGUGGAGAUACAAGAGUAGAAGCAGCUGCGUGAAAGCUAGGGAAAUUGUGCGUCAACUUGAUCCUUUUAAGGACAUCGAAACUGUUUCUGCCGAGCUUCCACGGUUAGAUCCUUUUCAACUCAAUUUGGAUUUCCAGAAUGUUCCGCAAGAGCUUGCUCAGUCAGAUCACUGGAAAGUUCAGUUUUCAUCGCGCAUGUUUCACAAGGAACCCAUAACUGUCAUUGAAGGCCGGGCCACUGUCCAGAGCAUUAGACAUAAGACGAGAUCUUGCAAACACUUCAACAAGCGACAUCUUCAUUUUGGGGACAACUUGGGUAUGGUUUUGGCAUUUGAUAGAGGCAGUUUGAAGCAGUUGGCAAAGUCAAGAGAUGGGCUUCUCAUCCAUGCUCUAAAGGAAGCGGUGGCCAAGGAGACCAAGCUCAAGGCGCCUCUGUCCUUCAGUCAAAUGCGGAUGACAGUGAAGGGAAAGAACAGCGAGGAAAGACGAAAGAAUCGAGCCCAGGUGAUCAAAGAAAAAGUAAGUGUCCCACGCUUUGCAGGUCAGACUCCUUUAGAGAUGCUGGCAGUUUCACCACGCACGGCAGUCGACUAUCAUUGGAGGGUUUUCGUGUUUCAAAACUUUUGCAGUUUACUGGAGUUGAGAACCAACACAAGCUCUCAAGUAGACCAUGCGUUGACUGUUUUUCUCAACCAAAGCUUCGAAGAGGGGCUGGACAUUUCAGAGGCGCAAAAGGCAUUUGCAGCAGUACAAGAAGCUUUUCCAGUUGUAGGUCGUCAAGGUCUAAGCCGCAGCCGGAGGUCUUUGAAGGGUUGGAAGAACCUAGAUCCAGGUCAAAGUCGAACACCACUGGCCUGGCCCUUCAUCAGUCUCCUUGCUUUGACCAUGAUGCAACUGGGAGAGGUCAGAUGUGCUCUCUGCAUUCUCACCAUGUUCACAACUUACAUUCGUCCAUGCGAAGCUCUGAAGCUGUUGAAGAGGGAUGUAGUCAGGUCAACGGACUUGGGGGUCAGUUGGGCUCUCAACGUGAACACGUCCGAGGAGGCUCAACAGUCAAAAGUGGGGCUUCAAGACGAGGCUAUGCUGCUAGACAACAAGAUGCUGGACUACCUAGGCCCAGCCCUGGGCGUUCUGCCGCAGGGUCUUCCUUUUACAACCUUGUUCGAAAUGCAAUACCCUCAGCUCCACAGAACAUGGCAUGCAACGCUGGCCCAUCUGGGCUUGCCCAUGGAGACAGCAGAUCUGUACCAGCUCCGUCACUCAGGGGCAUCUUGGGAUCGACUCAAAAAGGUGCGUUCUCUUCUGGAAAUCAAACUGCGCGGAAGGUGGAGUUCGGAUGCAAGCCUGAAGCGAUACGAGAGUCAUGCCAAGGUUGCCCAACUCUACGAGAAACUGCCGGACAGCAUCAAAAAGAGAGCAGAUUCAUCUCCUCAGUUAUUGAAAGAGAUGGUUAUCGCAUUUACGUCCCGACACACCCCAACAUGCUGA